GGCUUGAAACUCCCUAUGGCCUGAUAGUGCCAACAGAAUCACCAAGCCUUGGCCUGCUCUCACCCUGCUCCUGCUCCAGCCUUGUUCUAACACUGGCCUUGCUCCAAUCCUGCUCUGGACGCCUGAUUCCGGCUCUGACCAGCCCUAUCACAGUUUCUGACCGUAUUGAAAGAAGUGUCCAAAAAAAAAAAACGAUAGAGAAAAUGGCUCGACCUCUCCCUUUGAACCCAACUUUCCUACCUCCGACUUACGGGGUGCUGAAAUCCCUGCUGGAAAACCCUCUCAAGCUGCCGCUAAAUCACGAAGACGCAUUUGGUAAAGAAAAAGACAAAGAAAAGAAGCUAGAUGAUGACAGCACCAGCACCUCAGUCCCGCAGUCAGCUUUCUUGGGGCCAACGUUAUGGGACAAGACACUGCCAUAUGAUGGAGACACUUUCCAGUUGGAAUACAUGGACCUGGAAGAAUUCCUCUCGGAAAAUGGAAUUCCACCCAGCCCAGCCCAACAUGACCAGAGUCCACACCAGCCAAAUCUCCAGCAGGCUACCUCAGCAGCACCCUCUGUCAUGGACCUCAGCAGCAGGGCAUCUACAUCAGUCCAUCCGGGCAUGGUGUCUCAAAACUGCAUGCAGAGCCCAGUCAGACCAGGUCAGAUCUUGCCAACAAAUCGUAACACGCCAAGUCCCAUCGACCCUGAGACAAUCCAAGUUCCCGUGGGUUAUGAACCUGACCCUGCAGAUCUUGCUCUCUCCAGCAUUCCUGGCCAGGAGAUGUUUGACCCUCGUAAACGCAAGUUCUCAGAGGAAGAGCUCAAACCACAGCCGAUGAUUAAAAAAGCCCGUAAAGUCUUCAUUCCGGAAGAUCUGAAGCAGGAUGACAAAUACUGGGCAAGACGUAGAAAGAACAAUAUGGCUGCCAAGCGAUCGAGAGACGCCCGGAGGCUGAAGGAAAACCAGAUUGCCAUCCGCGCCUCUUUCCUGGAGAAAGAGAACUCAGCCCUCCGCCAGGAGGUGGCUGACUUACGGAAAGAGCUGGGCAAAUGCAAGAACGUGCUGGCGAAGUAUGAAGCUCGUCACGGGCCCGUGUAAAUGGCGAUUUUUAUUCCUUCUUUUUUGUUGUGGGUUGGCAUUUUAAUAGAUGGACAAUGUGUUUCCUGUUUGAUAGCACCACACCCAAACCAACCUGUCUGUCAUCAGCACUUUACCAGAAGCAGAAACAAAACUGACUUACUAUUAUUAUUUUUCAUUUGUGUAUGCGUGUGUGUGCACAUCUCAGCACUUCCCGUUUUUAUGAAACCUUCUUCAAAGGGUGACACAUUUUUACCUGGACUAUUAAGAACUGCCAUAGUAUGCUUUUCAUUUUUUGUUGUUGUCAGUGCUGCUUCUGAUUUGGAUUUUUAUGUUGUUCUAAACAGUUUCAUCCUCACCAUUUACUUGCAAAGAUCCCAGUAAAAAUAAACCAUAACAAUUAAAAAAAGGUAGAUCUCAGAUUUCAAGAGUAACAAGCUAUUGUUUAAUUAUGUCUAAUCAGAAAAGUUAACAUGCUAAUGAAGUGCACAAACAAUAAUUCAGUACAACACUACAGAAAUAUUAAUUUAUAGAUUGCUUUUGUUGGAUUUUAAGUUUUGGUGAUAGCUGUCGUCAGAUUUAAAGUGCUGUUAGACUGAGUUAGCUCUGCUCGUUAUAGAUCCCAUUAUGACUUAUCUAUAUCUACUAAGCUUCCUUUUAUUUCCACAAACACCAGAUAGAUAGGAGUACUAUUAAUAGAAUACAGAGUGUGUAUUUUGCACUGUCUGUACCUAAAGCAAUAAUCCUAUUGUACACUAGCGCAUGCUGCCUGGGUAUUCCUAGUGGACGUAGGAUGACUUCCCUACUUAAUACGAGUUUUAAUGUCUUAUAAAUAAAAGACCCAUUGAUAUGAGCAUGGUGAAAGCAUCCCUGGAACAGAAUGUGUGUAUGAAAGAGAGAGGACAAUUAGUCGAUACAAGAACAAAAUUAAAAAGUAUCAAAUCAAAUUUGAUGUUGAAAUUAGAGGAGUUUUUCUUUUAGUUCUCAUUUAAUUUUGAAUUGCUUGGAGUCCCAUUUUGUGAUUAAUUAACUAUUCAUUUUUCCACUUUUUGUAAUAUAUUUUCUGAGGAUUGUAUCUUGCUGUUUUAAAAUCAUUUUUAUUCAGUUAGAAGAGUCAGUGUUUUGCAAACCCCACUUUUUCUGGUGAUGUUAUUUUGAGCAUGUCUUGAACUGAUUGUUCUGAACUUUAUUCUGUUUUCUCUCUACCUGCUUUUGAACAUAUGUUCUGUUACAAAGUGGACUUCUGAAAACGAAUGGAAGAAACACUGGUGAAUUUCAGAAGGCAAUGGUGUUGUCAUAUGCUGUGGUUAAUCCAAUCAAUUUAUAUGUUUACUAUAGACCAAAAGAACAGAUAUUAUAAAAUAUAUAAAGUUUAUACAGAAUAAUUAUAGUAUGGGGUGUUUUGUACAGUAUUUUUCAAAUACAAAUACUGACAGUGUAUUUUGAAAGACAUAUUAUAUAUAGCAAAGAAAAAGAAAAAGCUAUUCCAUGUUUAAAAUAUAUAGCAAAGAUAUAUAUUCACCAAUAUUGUACAGAGAGGAAGUGAUUUAGGUUUUUUGAGGUCUUUAAUAUUUUAAACCUACCACUGACACAUCAGCAUAUGUUGUGCUUUAAAUUAAAAAUUUCUGAAGGUAGUAUGGCUUGACAGGGUGGUUCAUAUAACUAAAAUAUUAAAAGGCUUUAUAAUUUUCCAUCAGAAACAUAUAAAGAAUGUGUUUGACACAGACAAAGCACAACAUGGAGUUUAGGCAAAUAUAUAUUGGACAAUGCAAUAUUUUGUAGAGGCAGAAAAAUAAUGUAGACUACAAAAAAAAUCUCACACUCAUUUCAGAUCUGCUGCUGCUAGAAUUUGUUUCCAUCUGAAAUCUUAAUAAAUAGCCUUGGUCAUUUAUACACUUUUAUGUACUGCAUACAUUUAUUUACCUGUGAGGAAAAUACGGUGCUACAUGUCUGGCUCACACAGUUUUCUAGGGUUUUGUGCCCCGUUUUUUUUUUUUUUUUAAAUAAAAAUGGUUGUUCAUUCCAGUAAAUCAUAUUACUGCGUAAGGAAGUUGUUACAAAGGACUAAACAUUUUUUUCUACAUUAAGCAUAUUCUUUCAUCAAUGGGAUUUUUCCAUUUUGUUCCCCUUCAAAAUCCACAGGGUCCCUUAAUACUCAGUAGUUUCCUGUGGACCAUUAAUUCUGUGGAUUGCAUGUGCAUGAGCUUCACGAAGGGUCAGAGCAUAGAAAGUCAAUUAUUGUCCAGUAUAACCCAGAUGGGCUAUGUGAAAUAUGUAUUGGUUGGAUAAAUGUUAAUAUAGCCACUGACCAGAAAACAAACUGAUGUUUUAAAAAAGUUCUUUGUUAGUGGCAGGGUUCUAGAAGAUGCCAGUAACGUGGACACAAAGUGGCAAAUUGCAACAGUGUUGGAAUGCCAUCUUUUGUGACAUCCUGCAGCUGAAGUUUGAAAUAGCAGAACCUGUGGUUGCGAAUUCAGCUGGGAAUUAUUAGUAGUUUGCAUUGUUGUCACAAUCGUUCAUCCAAACGUACACAGACAGCUGAAACAAUUUAUAAAUGAGCACUUUUGACAUUUUUUUUUUAGUGGGGUAAAGGGCUGAGUAGACACACUUGUUUUUGUAGGGUGGCUAUCUCAGACUUAUUUAUUGGGGGGGUGGGGGAGAAGGAACAAGGUAGGCUUUCCACCGUGUUCCAGCAGAGGUUUCUAGCAGCUACCUCAUCCACCAUCACAAACACUUCUGAGUCUGUUCAGGUGC